CGGGGCGGUCAGGGGCUCCGGGGCCCCCACGGGGCGGGGCCCGGCGGCCCUUCCUUCCCGCUCCCCGCGUCCGGCCGAAACGCAGCUUCCGCCGGGAUGGCCCUGUGGCCGGGGAGCCGCGGGCGCCGGUGCCGCGGGGGCGCGCGGCCAGGUGCGGCCGGCGCCGGGUGGGAGGCGGCUCGGCCCGGGUGCCGGUCGCGCCUCCUCAGACCCGCCUUCGGAUAUCGCGUCCCGCUCAGCCCCCAGGAAGCGGGGGGCACCAGCUCUGAGCCGGGGAAGGACGUCAGACCUGGGGUUGGCGCCGGAAAACCCGGACGGGGCGUCGGGGGAAGCCAGGUGGCUCCGCACCCGACGGCCUAGACCCCACUUUCAUGGCCAGCCCUGGGGAGGCCCAGGAGGAGGAGGGGGAGCAGGAGGGAGGCUCCGUGGGGCCCUGGGCCGCCAUGCUGGCGCAGGCCCAGGAGCUGUUCCUGCUGUGUGACAAGGAGGCCAAGGGCUUCAUCACCCGGCACGACCUGCAGGGCCUGCAGAAGGACCUGCUCCUCACGCCCGAGCAGCUCGAGGCCGUGUUCGAAAGCCUGGACCAGGCCCGCACGGGCUUCCUCACUGCCCGGGAGUUCUGCCUCGGCCUGGGGAAGUUUGUGGGGGCAGAGUCGGUCCAGGGCACACAGCCCUCGGGGGCUUCUGAGGAAACCUUUGAGUCGGGCUGGUCCGAGGGGCCAGGCACGGGGGGCUCCCUGGAGGAGGAGGAGGAAGAGGAGGAGAGGUUCCUCUCGGCGCUGGAGCAGCUGGGGGUGGCCCGGGUCCUGAUCGAGCAGCGGGCGGUGCGGCUGCUCUGGACCCGGCUGCAGCGCGAGCGACCCGAGCUGCUGGGAUACUUGGAGGACGUUCUGAUGCGUGCGUCGGCCUGCCUGGAGGAGGCGGCCCGAGAGCGAGCCGGCCUGGAGCAGGCGCUGCGGCGGCGGGAGAGCGAACACGAGAGGGAGGUGCGGUGUCUGUACGAGGAGACCGAGCAGCAGCUCCGAGAGCAGCGCCAGCGCCUGAGGAGCCAGGACCACCCCCGGGAGGAGCGGAGAGGCCGCCUGGAGCUGGAGCUGCAGAGCCGCGAGCAGGAGCUGGAGCGCGCGGGCCUGCGGCAGCGGGAGUUGGAACAGCAGCUGCAGACGCGGGCGGCGGAGCAGCUGGAGGCGCAGGCGCAGAACGCGCAGCUGUGGCUGGCCAACGAGGCGCUGCGGGCGCAGCUGGAGGCGGCGCAGGAGCAGCUCCGCAGGCUGGAGGGCGAAGUGCUGGGCCGCCGGGAGCAGACCCUACGGGACGUGGUUGCUGUCUCGAGGAACAUGCAGAAGGAGAAGCUCAGCCUCGCACGGCAGCUGGCGCUCCUCAGGGAGCUGAACACGCGGCUACGAGACGAGAGGGACGCCUGUGAGACCAAGCAGCUGGGCAGUGGCCCCAGGAAGGCUCUGUCCUCGGCCUGCCUGCCGGGGCCCACCUGCUGCUGUUGCUGCUGCUGCUGCAGCAACUGGGCUCGACCCCCCAGAUGUGGCUCAGGCCACCUUCCCAGUGCCCGGUGACCAGCCAGCCCUAGUGACUCACGGGGCGUUCCCUGAAGAAACUGCCCUUUGGAAGUGACUCAUGGUGGCUGGGGCUGCUGGUCCAGGACCUGGGCUCUACCCAGUGGGCUGCCUGGCCUGCCUGCCUGCGGACAUGAAGGAACUAACUAACGGGGAGGGGGGUGUCAGGCUCCCCUGUGCCCCCUUCCGGUCCUCAUCCUGUCCCCACCCCCCAUCAAACCCAUCUCUGUCCAGCACUCCAAAUAAACUCGACCAACCACA